AUGGCUGGAGCGAAUCUGUCUGGCAAAGUCCUUUCGCCUGAUAGUCUAGCACACGUUGUGCUUAGGACAGGGCGGUUCAAGCCCGUGCUUGAAUUUUACAAGGUCUUUCUAGGUGCACGCGUCGUGUCAGAGAGUGAAUCGCUAGCAUUCUUGACCUAUGACAGUGAGCAUCAUCGUGUCGCUAUCAUAUCGAUUCCUGGCUUGGGCGAUAAGAUCCGGCUGAGCGCCGGCUUGGACCAUAUGGCAUUCACUUUCAAAACGCUAGACGACUUCACAACGGCUUAUCUGCAGCGUAAAGCCCACGGUAUACUACCCGUCUGGUGUGUCAACCACGGACCUACCAUAAGCAUGUACUAUCAGGACCCCGACGGCAACAUACUCGAAACACAGGUAGAUAACUUCGACACGGUCGAGGAGUCUACUAAGUUUAUUAUGGGUCCCGAGUUCAUCGAGAACCCCAUUGGCGUUGAUUUCGAUCCAGAGGACAUAAUUAGACGGUUAAAGAGUGGUGAACCAGAAUCUGAGAUUAAAAAACGUCCUAAUAUCGGUCCUCGUGGGAUUGAGUCAAGUCCGCUUAUGAAUCUGCCACUACCUGUCGUUAAGGAGAGUAACGGGCUUGUCGAAAGUACUGCUUGA